CUAGACCCGGGGGUGGGGCCGUCGCCGUGGUCGUUCUGUCUGGGCGUCCUUGACCAAGCUGUAGCCCCUCGCUGCCUGAGGCACCCGUCUGAGACAGGGUGCGAGUGUGCCAAGGUGGCUGCGACUCCCGGGAACCGACCGAGUCACGGACCGAUCCCGACGCCCGGCUGGAAGGUUAGGCGGCAGGUUUAUACUCUUCGCCGCCGCCCCCUGCAAGUGCUCUUUACUUGGCGCAGCGCCCCGGACCCCUGGGGCAGGCGUCCGGGGCGCGGGAGUCGGACCCAGCAGCCUCCACCCCAGUGUUAAGCAACUCCCUACAAGCCCCAGGGAGGGUAGAGCCGCGCCCCCCACCCCAGGUAGCUCGAGGGGAAUUAGGUGGAGAUGCCAGCUUCGGCUGCCCCUCGGCUCGCCCCAUGAGACCCUUUGGCUCUCCGCGCCCAGAUACCCCCUUUUUUCCUCACCCCCCCGCCUGUCCACGCUGCAGCUUGCUGCCAGGCGCCCUGACCUGUGGAUGAGGGACGCCCCCAGGUUUUGGCGCCCAGAGCACUGUCCCAGUACUUAGACAAAACCUUUGGCCAAAGUGAGGGCCGCCCUGGGACCAGGUCGAAAUCAGGACCUCAGCUGUGUCCGAGAAUAGGACUGGGACCCGCGGUCCCCUCCCCACCCCCACCCCCAUCGGAACAGAUGGGGCUCUCCAGGCGUUCCCCAGGGGUUCGCCCCUGCCACCUUCUGUCUCCUGCCGGCCUUCUUUCUGCACAGCCUGGGGAAGGGGCAGAGACCGGGCGCCGUCUUGGCCCGGUGAACAGUGUGCGUGCUCCCGGGGCCUUCCCAGGCAGGCAGGCAGGGCUUCUCUGUGGCUGUGUGUGGGUGUGUACGUUUGAGACUGUGAAUGAAAGCGCCAGCUUGCUCCCCGCCACCGCCUAUGGAGCUAGUAGCUUCCAGGGCUUGGAGUCUACAUGGAAGAGUGAUCCCACUAUUUCUUCCUGCCCCAGGGGCAGGCAGGAGGGAAUCAAGGCUGGAGGAGGGGGCUAGGGUCCAAACCUGCCUGCUACAGAUGCUUUCGGGAGAAGUGGGCGUGGGGGGCUGAGGUAAACAUACAUAGAGACAGUGUGUGUCCCCAUGGGGGCCAGGAGGUGACCCUUGGCAGGGACAGUCUGGUCCAGUAGAGAGAACUUCGUCCAGGGAAUCCAGAUUGCUUGCCACUGUGGGAUUUGGGGCAACUCACUUCCUCUUUCUGGACCUCAGUUUCCUUGUUUGUAAAAUGGGAUGAAGGUAAUUACUGUCCUGCCUGCCCCAGAGGCUGUUGUGGAUAUGAGAUGAGAUGAUGAAAUGCAAGGGCUAAGAAAACUGUAGAAAGCUGUGCAACUGUAUAGCAAUACUAAGAGUCGCUCCUCCAGGGGCUAGGCACUGAGCUCUGCCCCCAAGUGUCCUCUCUCCUCUCUGGGCCCCCUUGCCCACUGCCCCCUCUUUUAGAGCUGGGACAUUCCAGUCUCAUUCCUCUGGGGCAGCUGCAGACACGCCUCCAGCUAAGCUGAUCCCUCAGCAGGUGGUGGGACCCUCCCUUGGGGCCAGGGCUCAGGAGGGGCUAACCACAGCUAAGACCAGACUGGGAGCUUCCUGCCCACAUAGGGGCUGGGAUGUCCACCCCAGAGGAGAGAGGCAAGGCAGGGCCAGAGAAGGCCUCCUAAUAAGACAAACAUACUCUUUAAACCUGUGCACUUUCUCUCUGGGCAGCUGACAGGACCUUAGCCACAUUAUUUCACCUCUUGGGCCUUAGUUUCUUCUUCCGAAGAAGGCGAUAACAGUCCUCACCUCCUGUGUGUGUUACAAGGAUGUGGUAGUGCCCAGGUCAGGCCUGACCCAACUUGGUACCCACUGCCAGGCAUGGGCAUACUCCCUGCUAGUCCUUCUCUGCUUCAAGGCCAGUACAGUCCCCCAGAUGCCCUGUGUCUAUCUCCACAAAGUUAGUCCAAAAAAGUUACCCCUCUGUGCCCAGGGUUUUCUGUGCUGCCCAUUAGUCUUGGUGUCAGGUGAUGAGAGCAGAAGUAAGGGGCCCUGUUGGGGCAGCUGGGGCCCAGGGAGAUGUGGCUUGUGCUGCCUGGCCCAAAUCUAGCCCAGCUGGGUGGUGGGGAAUUUCAGCUCUGUGCUGAGCCCUGGGCCCAGGGCAGGCACCCAGCUCUGGCCAGGGAAGCAGGAGGAAGCCCCAGCUUUUUGCUUUGCUGGUCCCAUUGAGGCUGCAAGGCCCUUGCCCUCUUGCCCCCACUUCUUUCUCUCCUAAGUCCUCUGCAGCCCAGCCUGCGCAGCUGCCCCAGCCAGACCAUACCAAUCCCGUGGCUUCCCAGCAACAGGGAGGAAUGUGUAUGUUGAGGGACGGGGUGGCAGUGGGGUAGACCCCUUCAGGAGGAGAGACUAGUCCCCAGACAGACCCGGGCAGGCUGGAGCCUCCGGAAAGCUAGGGGCUUGGGCCCUCCUGGGGGAGCUGGCCAUAUAGCAGAGCAGUUACCCGGUGGGGGAGGGGGCCUGGAGGAGAGGGGCCACCUGUACCCCUUUCAUCAAACUUCAUGGCUGUUUCUAACUGCUCCAGUUAUUUACACACACACGUGCACCUGCAUCUAGCCUGGAGGCUGGGAAGGAGACCUGGGUCUUCAUGCUGGGGUGUUGCUCUAUUCCAUCUGUGUGUGUGUCCUGGGAUGCUCGGUGCUGUGUGACUGUGUCUGCUGUUGGAGGGACUGUCCGUGCUGCUGGGUGGGACUGAUUGUGGACUGUUAAGUGUAUUGUAUGCAUUGCUGUGGUUACUUCUCGUCCAAGGUUUCCUCCUGAACCUGAGACCCAUUGUGGGGAAAACAGGGUGUCAGUCAUCUCAGGAAGAUAGGCACUGCCCAGGGGAAGGCGAGGUGGUAUGUGUAGUGAAGUGGGCGUAUUUGGCACCAUGGCCAACAUUGCUGCCCCCAUGUUUGUACAGGGUUUAUGUUUCACCCUGUGCUGUCUCUGUGACUGUCACAAGAACCCUGCCAGAGAGGCAAGGCAGGCACUGUCUUUCCCAUUUUAGAGAUGGGGAAACUGAGCUAUGGCAAGGGGUGGAGCAUCAGUGUCCAGAGUCCCACAGAGGCUGUGUGGGGCAGGGCUGGACACCAGCUGUCUGCUGUACUCCUCCCCAGGCUGCCUCCCAGGAGCAACAGGAGUUCAGUGUGUCUCUGUCACUGGGGGAAUGACCACUGGGGGGUGGGUGGGGAAUCAGGGUGGGAGGCAAGAUGCUUGAAUUCCAAUCCUUUUGCCCAUGGGUGACAUCCUGGGGCCCUCAACUAGUCAUUCAGGAGCCACGUACUGGGAUCACCCUCACCCUGACCAGCUCUUUGACCUUGGGCAAGUCACUGCACCUUUCUGAGCCAGUGUCCUUAACCUAAAAAUACUGACAGUAGCUACGUCACAGGACUCAGACCUCUACCCAGGGCCUCAAUGCCAUAGGAGCGCAGCACCUGUGAUUCUGUACCUGUCUGAGCACCACCCUACUCUCCCCACCCUGGGUGGCUAUGACACCCUCAGAGGGGUUGGAGCCUGGGAUAUGCCCACUCGCAUCCGCCUCCCUUCCCCUACCCAGGUCUGGUGGCUGAAAGGGCCUGGUUGGGAAGGAUAUUUGUCCCCGGGGUAAGGUUGAGGGCUACAGGGUGUCGGGGGCAAGGCAUGGCCCUUCCUCUCGUUCCCUGGUCUCCCACAAACACAAAACCUGGAAAUGGUUGAGGAAGAUGGAGCCUCCUAAAGACCAUUGUUUGGGGCAGGCUUGGGUGUCCCGGAAGCACAUUGGUGGGUGGUGGGGACUUGCAGCUGCAGCCAGCCGGCCUGCUGGGAGUUUGUCCGGUAAUGUGCUCAGCUGCACGUGCGUGUGAGCAGAGAGGAUGGCAUCUGUCCAUCCAUCCCACAAAUCACCUACUGUGUGCAGGGUGCUGGGCAAGGUUUAAGGGAUUCCUCCAGAGUCCGGGUCCCAGCACAGGUGGGAGAGGUCCGUAGGCUUGGUCACUCAGCCGGCCAGCAGGCGCAUAUGGAUCUGACUGGCUCAGCUUAGCUCCAGCCGGCGAGCGUGGACUCAGGCACGCUGGCCUGGGUGCUUUGUCAUAUUAUCUCACCCUGUUCUGCCGCAUCCCUGUGUGGUAUGAUGUAUUAUCUCCAUUUUACAAAUGAGGAAAUCAUUUCAAAGAAGCCAUGGUUUGGCAAGGUCAUUCACUGAUUGGCUCCAGGCAGCGUCAGAGUCUGGGAUCCUGCCCUGCCUGGUGGUGGGCUUUGGAGUGACAGCAUCUGCAGGGGUUGGCCGGGGCUCAGCGACCCCUUCCCUCUGCCUUCCCCUCUACACAGCCAUGAACACCUGUCCCGGAAGUUGUGUCCAUUGUCCGCUCCAUCCUUCCUCCCCUCAGGCCCUUCCUGUGUGUAUCCCUCCCACUGUAGCCCCCAGGCCCCACCCAUUCCAGAUGUUUCCCUUGGGGAACUCUGACCCUUGGCAGGAAGAGGGGCUGAACUGGGUUUUCACCUUCCCAAGGAAUGAAGACGGAAUGGAGAGUCUGAAGCCAUGGGCCCUGGUUCCCUGUGCCCUUGCCCCCCAAAUUUGGUGGGGAGCCCGGGAGGAUAGUAUGGUCAGGGUUCACACAGAGCCUGAGUCCAGCCUCCUUGGCCCUUUGCUGCUCGGUCCUGGGCCGGGCAGGUGGGUGGGGGGGCAGGGGCAGGGAGGCUCUCUUGCUGCUUGAGGGUCAUAACCCAUCCUCCACACCCUCUUUAGUCUCGGUGCCCCAGCUGGGGCAGCUCCCAUGUCCUUUUCCUCAGACUUGCCCAGUGGCUUUGGGGUCUGCACCUCUUUCUCUUACCAGCCUGAGAAUCCUGUCCUGGGAUUCUCUCUGGGACCCACAACUGCCUGCCCCUGGGCCUGAGCCUGGGCCAAGUGGAAAACUAUCCCCAAGAGCAAGCACCUGGUUUCAGGGACACUGGGGAGGUGGGCAGCAAAUCCCACCCACCCCUGAUGGAGUCUUCUGAUCCCCAGAAGCAGCCGCUGCCUAUGCCCUGUUGAAACUUCAUGGCCACAGCCCCAGGCCCUGCUGGCAUUGCCAUGGGCAGCGUGGGCAGCCUGUUGGAACGGCAGGACUUCUCCCCUGAAGAGCUACGGGCAGCGCUUGCAGGGUCCCGGGGCACCCGCCAGCACGAUGGGCUCCUCCGAAAGGGCUUGGGCCAGCGUGAGCUCCUCAGCUACCUGCACCUCCCCAAGAAGGACAGUAAGACCGCCAAGCGGGCUGCUCGGAAUGAGCCCUCUGACUACACCACCCUCUACUACCGUGAACAUCCCUGGGCUGGGGACUUCAGCAAGACCUCACUGCCUGAGCGGGGCCGCUUCGACAAGUGCCGCAUUCGCCCAUCGGUGUUCAAGCCCGCAGCAGGCACUGAGAAAGGCUUCCUAUCCAUGCAGAGCCUGGCUGCCAAUAAGGGCCAGAAGCUGUGGCGCAGCAAUGGCAGCCUGCACACACUGGCCUGCCACCCUCCCCUGAGCCCGGGUCCCCGGGCUAGCCAGGCACAGGUCCGGGCCCAGCUGCUGCAUGCCCUCAGCCUGGAUGAGGGUGGUCCUGAGCCCGAGCCCAGCCUGUCAGACUCCUCCAGCGGGGGGAGCUUUGGCCGUAGUCCCAGCACUGGCCCCAGCCCCUUCAGCUCCUCCGUGGGCCACAUCAACCACCUGGGGGGCUCCCUGGACCGGGCCUCACGGGGCCCUAAGGAGGCAGGACAGCUGGCUGUGCUGAGCUGUCUUCCUGAGCCACCACCCCCCUACGAAUUCUCCUGCCCCACUGCCGAGGAGGUGGUGGCCACAGUGCUGCCUGAGACCUGUGAGGAGCUCAAGAGGGGCCUCGGGGAGGAGGACAGCUCCAACCCCUUCACACAGGUGCUGGAGGAGCGGCAGCGGCUAUGGCUGUCAGAGCUGAAGCGUCUGUACGUGGAACGGCUGCAUGAGUUUGCCCAGAAGGCUGAGCGGAGUGAGCGUAACCUCCAGCUUCAGUUGUUCAUGGCCCAGCAGGAGCAGCGGCGCCUGCGCAAAGAGCUGCAGGCUCAGCAGGGCCUGGGCCCUGAGCCUCAGUCCCUGGGCACCCUUCCAGAUGGCGACCCCAGCAUCCGACCGGAGGAGGAAGCCAGAUGGGAGGUGUGCCAGAAGACAGCGGAGAUCAGCCUCCUGAAGCAGCAGCUGCGGGAGGCCCAGGCAGAGCUGGCUCAGAAGCUGGCUGAGAUCUUCAGCCUGAAGACGCAGCUUCGGGGCAGCCGGAUGCAGGCGCAAGCCCAGGACGCAGAGCUGGCCCGGCUGCGUGAGGCUGUGCGGAGUUUGCAGGAGCAAGCCCCUCGGGAGGAAGCCCCGGGCAGCUGUGAAACUGAUGACUGCAAGAGCCAGGGGCGACUGGGAGAGGCUGGAGGCAGCGAGGCCCGGGAUAGUGCUGAGCAGCUGCGGGCUGAGCUGCUGCAGGAGCGGCUGCGGGGCCAGGAGCAGGCGCUGCGCUUUGAGCAGGAGCGGCGGACGUGGCAGGAGGAGAAGGAGAGAGUGCUGCGCUACCAGCGGGAGAUCCAGGGGGGCUACAUGGACAUGUACCGCCGCAACCAGGUGCUGGAGCAGGAGCUACGGGCACUGCGGGAGCUCCCUACACCCUGGAGCCCUCGGCUUGAAUCCUCCAAGAUCUGAGGCCAGCAGAGUAAGCUGACAGAAGAACUGUCAGAAGAUGGCCUGGGCAAGUCCGCCCCAAGGCAGCAGGCCCCUUCCCUUCCCUAGGCCUGGGGCAGAAUCUUUGAGGCUGGUUCAGGGGUAGGAGUCCACCUAGAGGAGGGAUCCACUGGGGUUGUGGGCUGAAUAGGUGCCAGGAGAAGGAGUACCCUUGGAGAGGAGCACCCAGGCAGGGCCCAGACCUGCUCCCUGGAGUGGGGCAGUACAGGAAAGGAGAUUGGGGCAUAAAGAGCCCCGUGAUACAGAAGGGCCAGCAUGAAGGAGGGAGGUGUGGACCUGGGCUGAGACCUCCCUGGAAGGAGGCUGGGAUGGAAACAUUGGCCUCCCCCAGAAUAAAACCAGGUUUUCUAUGAGAAGGCCCUGGCUGAUACAUCAGGCCUGGCCCUGGCCCAAGUCCAAAAGAGUGGUGGCUGAUUGGGGUUGUUGACCUGGGCUCCAGCUCCUCCCUGGGAAGGAGGACUUGGUCAGUGAGAGGGAUAUGUGCCCGGGUCUGUGUGUGAAGCCACUGAGUGCCAUCAUUUGGGGAAUGAAGGAAGCUUUCUUCUCACCUUAGCACUGCACGAUUCCUUAGCAGCUGCGUGGGCUAGAAUUUCUUCAGCACCAGUGGGGUUAUUGAUAAGGAACAAUACAGGGGAACCCCAGGAAAACAAAAGGGCAAGUCAACCAGGGCAUUUCUAGAACACGAACCAUUUUCUUGGUGGGAAGCCUGGGCCGCAGGUGCCCAGACCCCUGCUAGGUUUACGACUGGCCUGACAGCUUCUGCCAAAGGCUCUGGGAGAGCCCCACCCUGCCCGUCCCAGAUGCACUUUUGUCUUUCUGUGUGUCUGUGGUGGGCCCUUCUUCAGUUAAUGCUAGAGGGUGGGAGGGUGGCUAGGAAGGUGCAGGAGAAGAAGCAGGAAAGCUUGUAGGUCAGUUGGUACAGGGUCUUCAGCACAGCAAGGAGUGUGAACAUUUCCCCGUGGCAGUGACCAUGGCGUAUUUGUAAGCUGGGGUGAGAUGAAUGGGAUUUGUAUUCUGGAAAGUCCUUCCUAGGGAGGAAACAGACCUCUUUUCUCCCCUGCUCUUGCUCAGCUUCCUUGGAGAUGUAUCACUAGGAUGGCUGCCCCUGCACUGAGUGCUUACUAUCUGAUAGUGCUUACUAUCCCCCCUCUCAGCCUCUGGUUUAGCAGUGGCAGCCUCUGAAUUCUCAUCAGAAACCCCCUAGUUUGCUCCCUUUUACUGUGUACCUGCCUACCAGGGCCAAGGCCUGGUAGUAUCCUUCAGCGAGCAGGUGGGUUGUAGUGGUGAAGUCGAGUCAGAGUAUAGGGGUAUGGAUGGGUGGAUGGGGUGUUUAUGAGCUGUGGAACAAGAGCUGGUACACCCGCCCUUGUAGGGUGGAGAAUGGGGUGUGUGAAUUGUCUGUUUUGAGGAUGGUGUUUAUAGCUCUUUGAGUGGCAGGUGUGUGUAGAGGUGUGUGCUUGCGGGUGGUGGGUGUGUCCAAGGGGGUGUGUUUGGGACACCUGGCCCUCCUGGGUUGGAGGCAGGGAAAGCUGCUUUCCAAUCCCUCUCUCUACCCCCAUUCCUUCCUGCCAGCCCCAGUCCCUUUAUCAGGUCUGGUCAGGCCCGGAUGGACCUCUGGGCUUAGCUGAGACCCAUCUAGGCCCACACCUGGGCCCAGGUCUUCUGCCUAGGAAAUGGGGAGUACCCAGGUUAGCCAGGCCUGUCACGAAUCCUUAGUGUCCAUUUCACAGACCCCUCCAGAGGGCUCUGGGCUGAUGGCCCUGCAGAGGACCCCCCAGAGCUGGGUGCUGGCCUGAAGCUGAGGUCACACCUUCCUAUGGCCAGCUGAUGGUCAGGCUGGUGCCCAUGUGCCCCACAGGGGCCAGGGCUACCUCGUGGUAUACCAGCCUGUAGAACAGCUCCCCACCUAGCAAUUAGGGAGCUGGGCUGGCCAGCACAGCCCUCGGGGAGUGGGUGGGCGGUACCAAAACUUGGCAGCUGUGCCAGAAACCACAGCCAGGCCCAAAUGUUGGGGGAGGGCACGAGAGAGCCGGAACUGGGGCGUCUCAGAGGGAACCAGAUCCCUGGGUUAGCUAAUCUGUGCCAGGCAAACCAGUUCUCGGGUCCCCAAGCCGGCUGGGUGGCUCUGGGGCCAGCUGAUCACAGGUGCCAGUGCAGUGGCUACUGCUUCGGGGCAGCCCCUCCCUCCUGUGGCUGCUGGGCCCUGUGGCUCCUCAGCUGCUCUGUCCACCCUCUAUCUUGGAGACUCCAGGAGCCCAGCAGUCCACUCCAGGCCUGUGGUGAGCCCCCCCACCAAGCCCCCCAUCCGUCCUGUUCCCCCCAGGCUCUGAUCGAGUCAUGCCUCCGAUUCAAAGCUUCCAAUGGCUCCUUGGGCCCCUUAGCCUAUCACUGAGGCCCCUGACAGUCUGGCCUCCCGGGUCAUCCAGUGUGGUGCCCUCUUUUGACCCAGCCACCCCUCAGAGCCCUCUGGGCCCUCAUCCUCCUGGUACACCCCACCUCACAGUGCUCGUAUCUUGCCUCCACAGGUGAUCCCUGCCCCCUGCACUGCCUGGGUACCCCCUCCUCCCUGUGCCCACAGCCCCCGUAUGUCCAUCAGCUGCUGUACUUGUUGGGCAUCUGUCUCCACGGGCUGUGGGCACUGCCAGGGCAGAGUGACACCUUCUGUUUUUAUCCCUGUUCAGAGCCCUGUUCCAGCGCCAGCCUAGAUGACAAUGGUGGGGGGGGGGUGUGGAAUCAAGGGCGACCAGAUGCCCCCUUAACCUAGGGUGGGUUUUAAUUGGGGGUGGGGUGCGGUAGGAAAGGCUCCAGCUCUGAAGUUCAUGCCCUAUUGGUGGCACCUGCCCCAUGCUGGGCCCUGUGCGAAGACAGAGGCUCUAGAAGGCCAGUGGCCCUUCAUUCCACAGGUGAAGGUUCUCAGGUGAGCACACAGAGGUGAUCUAAGGCCCUCCGGCUCCCUGCCCUUGCUGUGAUGACCCAUGGGUGGGGGAGGGAGAUAAUACAAAUUCAUGUUAGUGAACAUUUUGGAGAGUGACUGGGGCCAGGCAGGAGAUGGAGGUUGGGGAGAUUCCAGAAGAGCUCAGAGCUGUAGGAGAGGGGGACAUAUAGACACAGGAACAACCAGUGGCUUCUGCAGCAGUGAGCCAGGCGGCAGGGCAUGGAGAAGGCAGAGGGGCCCUUCCUGGGAGGAUGAGGGGAAAUUGCUCAGACUGUAUUAGGGAGUCUUUCUCCAAGGAGGGUGCAGGCCCUGCAGGGACAAUUCAGAUAGGGCUCCUCCUCACCCUAGUGGGUGGGGGCUCAGCCCUCUGUAUUUGAUUCAGGAAAGAAAAAGCAUAUGAUGUCUCUUGCAAUACAAACAAAAGUGGUGUGUCCCACUAGAGAGGUGAGGCUUCAGUGCUGUGGGCAGUCAGGGGAGAGCAGACUAAUUGUCACUCUGGGUGGUGGGUGGGGCAAGCUUCCCUGAGGAAGGGACGACCAAGCUGGCCUUCACUGAGGUUGGGGGAUUUCCUUGGGGUUAGGUAUGAGUUGAGGGCAUUCCAGAAUGCAUCGUCUAGAUGUGGACAAGGGAAGUACGGGGCAGGUUUUGGGGGAUAAGGUCUGCUUGGAUGCCAGGUUGGGGGGCAUGGCAAAGGGCAGGUGGACCAGGAGGCAGAACCAAUCCCAGACAGCCUGUAAAAAAGCAAGCACAAGAGGACUUUAUUCUGCAGGCCAUGGGUGGGGUCCCUGAGCAGCCAGGGGGAAGAGUGACCCAAGACCAGCAGUCACGCAGGACCCCACGCUUACUUGGUAUAAUGCCAUGCUGUCUUGGAGCCCUGGUGGCACAGAGAUUAAGAGCUCAGCUGCUAACUAAAAGAUCUAUACUUUGAAUCCUCCAGCCUUUUCUUGGAAAACCUAUGAGGCAGUUCUAUAGAGUCGCUAAGAGUCAGCACUGACUUGACAGCAAAGGGGUUUUUUAAGGGUUGCUGCCUUGAGAUUCUUAAUCAAUUUUAAACAAGGGGCCCUGUAUUUUUAUUUUGCACUGGACGAUGUAAAAUAUGUAGCUGGCCCUGGCCUAAACCAAAGUCUUGCAGGAGUGAUGGAACAGGGAAAAGGGGCAGGGAUCAGGUUAGGGGCCACCUGCAGGCAACAGAAGGAAAAGAAGAUGAAGAGGGCCUGAGCAGAUCCCAGGUCUGGCUAGGGUGAUCAGGAAGGCCCUUUUGGCUCCCACGGGCUGAGCCCUAGUGCUCCCAGGUUCCGUGGAGGAGGGCAGGCAGUGGGUCCAAUGCUGUGAGUCAGUAUAGGCGCAGCAGCACACAACUCUUUGUGUACCUUUUUUUCCCUCCACCCAUCUUAAGGUAUAAAAAAAAAUACCAAAAAAAACGCUGUCCAGUUGAUUCUGACUCAGCAGCCCUGUAAGACAUGGUAGAACUGCCCCAUAAGGUUUCCAAAGAGUGCCUGGUGGAUUUGAACUGCCAACCUUUUGAUAAGCAGCCAUAGCUCAACCGCUAUGCCACCAGGGUUUCCCAAGGUAUAACCUGCAUAUGGUAAAAUUUACCAUGUUUUAAGUAAAGUUUUUAGAGUUUUGACAAACACAUAGAAUUGUAUAACCAACUCUACAAUCAAGAUAUAGUUCGAUAACCUCUGUGCUCCUCUGUAGUCAACCCUUAUCCCCCACCCCCAGUUCCUGACAACCAUUUAUCUGUUUUCUCAAUGACCUUGUUUUUCUUUUCUUUUUCCUUCUUGUGAGGGAUGUUUAACCCCACCACAUAUUAGGGCAUAUUACAAAACAGCAAAUAAAACAAUACCAAUAUGAUAUUGGUGCAAAAAUAAAAAUAAACCUCAGCAGAACAGAAUCAAGAGCCAAAAGUAGAUUCAAUUUUGUAGGUAAUAUAUGGUAAAUGACUUCAAAACAAAAUAAGGAUUAUUUAACAAGGGGUGCUGGGAUAACUGGAUGAUUGGGGGGGGGGAGGUCAUACUUUGCACCAUCCCUUGCCAGAAUGAACAUUUGAGGAGUUAAGUUUAAAAAAUCCAGCAAAGAGUUAAAUAGGCUAUUAAUGAAUUAGUGGGGGACUUAAGUAUCUCCGUUUUGAAGCAAAAAAGGAAAAAAAGCAACAAAAAAAACCCCACAAAACAAAAACCCAAUGGAGACGGACUGACAAAAUCAACUAUCUCACAAAACUUCAUGCACAAUGAAAAGUAAUAAAAUCAAGAUGGAAAGACAGCUACUGCCCUGGGAAAGCAAUGACAAAGGUUAAAUGACCGUAGUGUGUCAGGCCUGGGCUUCAGAGCCUAAACAGUGAAGCCCGGGGCAUCUGCGAAAGCCUGUGAGGUCCUGUGGGCUCAGAGGCGGUGACGGAGACCCUCGGCCCCCCGGGGCAAGGUUCACCAACUCCCCACCUCCGCGGCUCCCGCGUGGGGCCCACAACACCCAGGCUCCGGGUGCACCAAGAGGCCUUUCUGGGGCCGCUCCGACGCCGCUGCGGACACCCUCCUCCCUGCCAGGUUGAACCCAUAAGUUUUUUAAGCCUGUUUGCCAAUUAUUUAGCAACCUCGAAGUAUACUUGAGAAACUACUGUGUUCCAAGCAUAUGGGUGUUGGUGAUACAACCGUGAUGAGUAGGAAGUCCCAGCACUGAUGGAGCCUUUAUCCCAGAAGGGGGUGGGGAGAUAGGGACGGGGAGGCAGAACAAUGCAAAAGAUCAUUUCAAGUCAAGUGCUAUAAAGAAAACAAAACUGGAUAGUACAAGAUUAAGAGUGUUUUGAGGUGGCUGGGGAGAGAGGAGAGGGUGGAGGGCUACAAGGGAGGAUGCCCUAAAAGUAGGGGAAACAGAGACAGAGCCUUUUCUCUUGGGCUGUGUCUAAGUCCAGGACCCUGAGGCCUGUAUGGGCUUCUUUGCCCCUUUCCUCCAGAGUAAGGGCCUGGGGGCUGGAAGAUUCAGUCCUGGAGAGGGCUUGGGGUUAUGGCCCCUCCUCUCUCCAUAACCCUUGCCCUCUCUCCUUAGGGCCGCUGUGCGACGCCCCCACCCCUUGCCACUCCCCACCACCGAGGAGAGAGACAAAGGGAGGGAGGAAGGGCUGGAACUGUGUCCUCCCAGGAAAACUCAAUUCCCCUGUUGGAUACCCUGUGGGCAGAUUAAGUAAGUACAGGUUUAGGGGACCUGCAAAGCCGGGACACAAAAAGAGGACAGCCCUGAAGAGCCAUCGCCGGAAAAACCUCACUGUUGGACUCCUUACAUACAUUGUACUGUUCGGUAUAGCCUCGACUUUGGAUGAGGGCGGGGAACGAGGUGGCAUAAUCACGUCUGCAUUUAGGGCUUCGGAGCACUCAAACCCGGACCGCAGAGGGUGGGGAGCUGGGGAGAGCCAAGGAGCUGGCACCCAGGCGCACCCCGACCAGGUGCCGGGGCUACCGCCCCCUCGCACCCCCCGCCGGCGAGUGAGUGGUUAGGGCCGAUUCCGGCCAGCGGACGGGGAGGGGCAGGGCCGAGCCUGCCAGAUAGCGCUUCGGGAAGCGCACCCGGCGACCCCCUGACUGCGGGAGGCGCCACUUCCUCCGGCACCGCCCGGCCCCUGUGGGCGUCUCCACUCCCGGCGUGCGCGGAAGGGGGAGGCUCGGCGCUCACAGGCAACCCGCGCUCCGGGGGACGGGGGGAACCGCCACCCCUCCGCGAAACCGCAAGUGGGCGAGGCCGGCCCGGUGGAGCAACCGCCGCGGCUUCCGGUUCCGAUGACAGCGGCGCCGGAAGCCGGGGCCCGGGCUGCGGGGCGAGUGGUCGGUCCCGGGUCGGGAGUUGGAAUCUUCCAGACUGAUAGGACCCAGGCACCGCCUCGAGGAGCCUUACCUGCCUGGGCAGGCACUCGGACUCAGAAGUCCCAUCUUAGUG